AUUGCCAUUUUGGUCAUCUCUCGCAAAUGUGCAGUGAACAAAACAUUACAAAUACCCACACUCAGAUCAUCAGAUCCCGCACUUCCCACCCAUGUCAGAACCAAGAGACCGCCGCGUUACGCCUCUCAACCUCGCAGAUCCCCAUUCGGUUUCUCUCCGACCGCCACCCUCGCUCCGGGACCGGAGAACAGCACCCCAUGGGCAACCGUUCCGCGAGGAAGGCGUCGUGCUCAAUCGCGCAGCGUUCUUCCCGUCUGGUACCCUAGAACCCCACUCCGAGACCUCACUGUUCUUGUUCGUUCAAUGGAGAGGAGGGGGAUUCAGAACAGUGAAGAAGGGCAGAGAACACCGUUGGAUCGAUCCGUUGUUGAGCACCGUUGUUGUGAUGAUUCUUCUUCUGUGAGCGUGAAGAUUCGAACACCUGCUGGUAGCAAGGUACCGAAGAUUGUGCUGAAUUUUGCAGAUGAAGAAGAAGGGGAAUUGGAGCUUCUCACUCCUCAGAAGAAGCUUCUAGACUCCAUUGACAUGGUUGAGAAGCUUGUGAGGGAAAGCCUGCAGAAGCUGAAGCAGUCCCCGAGUGGGAGAAAGGCUGAGAGGGAGAAGAGAGUUAGAACUCUAAUGUCAAUGAGGUGAGUACUGAGUUCUGAAGGCACAGAUGAUCAUGGGUCGAAUUUGAAGAGGAGAAGAAGGAUGAGAAUGGUGAUUUUCGGGUCGCGGAGGAGCAGCAUUGCAUGAGGUGGAGGAGAGGAGAAGAUUCAAUUGUAGGUGAGUUGUAUAGGGAUAUACUUUGGUGAUUUCAUUUUUAUGCAAAUGGAAACAAAACUCUUUGUUUUGAUUUUUGUUAGUCAGAAUUGUCAUGAAGAUGUAAAAUGUGUAUAAACUUUGAAUUGUC